AUGAAGUCCACCUAUAUCGCCAGUAUCGCACUUUAUUGUACCUGGGCUCUCGGUUCCGAUGCUCAUCCAGACCAUUCAAGUUAUGAAACCUAUGAUGGCUAUGUACCUCCUUUUGCUGGAAUCUCCACUUUUGCACAUUUACCUUACAAGCAGUGCUGGGAUGAAGGUGUUGAUGAGGAUUAUGAUAUUGCAGUAAUUGGUGUCCCAUAUGACAUCGGAGUGACAUUUAGAACAGGAGCCCGUUUUGGUCCCUCAGCGAUUCGCGAGGGAUCCAAGCGUCUCAAGGGUUAUAACGAUGAAUUGAAGAUCAAUCCGUUUAGAUCUUGGGCUCGCUCGGUAGAUUGUGGUGAUAUUCCUUUUGAGCCCUUUGAUGCUUCACAUGCUAUUGGACAGAUCGAAAGUUACACGAAUUAUAUUCUCCAGCGACCGCCUACUGCAGAUGGAACGCCAUCACGACCACCUAAACUCAUUACCCUAGGCGGUGAUCACACAAUUCUUUUGCCUGUUUUGCGAUCUAUGCGUACAGCUUACAAAAAGCCAAUGACAGUUAUUCACUUUGACUCUCACCUUGAUACAUGGGCACCCGAGGUUUACAAUGUAAAGGCAAAGCAGUCAAGAUUUAAUCACGGAAAUCCCUUGUAUCAUGCAGCCAUUGAGGGCUUGACUACCAAUGGAUCCUCCCUUCAUGUUGGCAUCAGAUCCUCGCUUUAUGAUAAACAGGAUGUUGAGAGAGACGAGGCACUUGGAUUUAAUAUCAUCAAGGCCAAUGCUAUCUUUACUUUGGGAGUAGAGGGUAUUGUGAAGAGAAUCCAUGAGAUCUUGGGUCCUAAGGAGGAUACGCUUGUCUACCUUUCGAUUGACAUUGAUGUGAUUGAUCCAAGUAUGGCACCUGCCACCGGCACUCCAGAAACGGGUGGAUUCUUAACUCGGGAAAUGAGAUACAUCUUGCGUGGACUGGACGGCUACAAUAUUGUUGGAAUGGACCUAGUAGAAGUGGCACCUGCAUACGAUACUCAAGCCCAACUGACCAGCUUUUUGGCGGCAGACUUGAUAUAUGAAGUUCUAUGCAUGAUGGUCAAGCGUGGCCUUAAUUAAGUCGCGCGGUAUAUGUAACCCUGAAGUUAAAAUUAUGUCUGCGUUGUAAAAGCAUCUCUUUCUUGCUACUGGACUAGCCAACGAGAUUACAAGCAAUAAAAGCCAAAAAUAACAUUUCCUCCCAAAAACAUCUAUAAAGCCUUGCGUGCAACUAAAGGACAUAAUCAGCAAAUUUUAAGAAAGUUCAGUGUAAACAAUUGGUCUACCUUCUUUUUAUACUCUUGACUUCCUUUUCGAAGUUGAUCGUCACGGUUUUCAUACAUAAAGCCUUUUUGAACUCAACACACAUACACACACACUUAUAUAUAUAUAUAUAGGUGUGUUUGUGUGUACAGGACCUCGAGAACACUAAGGAGAUAACGCCUAAUCCCUUGCAGUCCCUUGAUUUUGUAAUCACCGCCUCGUCAUUCUGCAAGCUUUCCUUUUUUUACCAGCCGUUUUCAAUACAAGCGAUUGGCGUUCUUGUGGAAGGAAAAGGGGAGAAUAAAAUAAAAUAAAAUAAAAAAGAAUAAUG